AUGAGCUUGAGUCACUCGCAUCCCAAUCGCCCCGUGUGGGUCCCUGACAGCACGGUGAGCGCAUGCUCGCGAUGCAAGUCUAGCUUCUCCUUCGAGCUGAGGAGGCAUCACUGCCGGCACUGCGGCCUCAUCUUCUGCCACUACUGCAGCGCCAAGUCGCGGCCCCUCCUCCUCCUCGGCUAUCUCGAGCCCGUCCGUGUCUGCGAUCCCUGCUUCGAGAUCUGCUCCCUC